CGACGACGACGCCCAUACCGACCACCACUCCAUCUCAAUCACGACAACCUCGACAAUCACUCACAAUGUCGUCCGGAAAAGUUAAGACUGGUGCCCUCUGGACCAAGAACAAGGAGGACCUCCAGAAGCAGCUCGGCGAGUUGAAGACUGAGCUCGGUCAACUCCGCACCCAGAAGAUCGCUGGUGGAUCCGCAUCCAAGCUCACCAAGAUCCACGACAUCCGCAAGUCGAUCGCCAAGGUCCUCACCGUCAUCAACGCCAACCAGCGCUCCCAGCUUCGCCUGUUCUACAAGAACAAGAAGUACCUUCCCCUCGACCUCCGCCCCAAGCAGACCCGUGCCAUCCGUCGCCGCCUGUCCAAGGAGGAUUCCGCCCGUGUCCUCGAGAAGACCACCAAGCGCAACACCCACUUCCCCCAGCGCAAGUACGCCGUCAAGGCUUAAAUGGCCGGGCAAUGAGAUGUGGAGUGUUUGGGUUGGAAAAUUGGGAAUGGGGGAGUCAUUGAUAGGUGUAUAUCCAGAUGAAUUAGCAUAUUGCUUGCUUUCCCGAAUACCAUGACUUGAAGCAUUUCACCC